UUGUAUAUAUUUAAUGAUUGGCAAGAAAAUUUAGACAAGAUAAUUAAGGUUUUUUCCCCUUCACAAAUUCUUACAUUGCUUGCAGCAUAGAAAGACUAUUUGAACGUCAAUGCAAGCAAACUUUGGGCUAUAAAAAUAAUUGGCUGAAUAGCACACAAAAUGCAUCCUUGAAAGGCAUGAAAAUACAACGCAUUCUUAGGAAGUGCUUCGGAAAGAAAAAUAAAGUGAUGGGUAGUAGUAUAGCAAAACGAUGGAAGCAUCUAAGCGGCCAGAACAGUUGGGGAGAGCUUUUGGACCCUUUGGAUAUUGAUCUUCGCCGUUACAUUAUUCACUAUGGAGAAAUGGCUCAGGCUACCUAUGAUGCCUUCAACACCGAGAAGGCAUCCAAGUUUGCUGGAAGCAGCCUGUAUGGCAAGAAAGAUUUCUUCUCCAAAGUGGGUUUGGAGAAAGGCAACCCUUACAGGUAUCAGGUGACCAAGUUCUUGUACGCGACAUCCCAAAUCCAAGUUCCGGAAGCAUUUAUCGUGAGGCCAUUGUCGAGGGAAGCCUGGAGCAAAGAAUCGAACUGGAUUGGAUAUGUGGCUGUGGCCACUGAUGAAGGGCAAGAUGUUUUAGGAAGGAGGGAUAUUGUGAUUGCUUGGAGAGGAACAGUUCAGACCCUCGAAUGGGUCGAUGAUUUUGAAUUUAACUUGGUUUCGCCAGGGAAAAUUUUUGGUGAUCAGAGUAGUGAUAUCAAGGUGCACGAGGGCUGGUAUUCCAUCUACACCUCAGAAGAUCCACGUUCGCAUUAUAACAAAAGCAGUGCCAGAGACCAGGUUCUUAAGGAGGUUAGGAGACUAGUGGACCAAUUCAAGAACGAGGAAAUAAGCAUCACAGUGACCGGCCACAGCUUAGGUGCAGCACUUGCAACUCUGAAUGCCAUCGACAUAGUUGCCAAUGGAUAUAACAAGCCCGAAAACCACUCACGGAAGGCCGCUCCCGUUACAGCCUUUUUAUUUGCUAGUCCUCGAGUUGGUGACUCAGAUUUCAAAAAGGUGUUUACAGGAUUCAAAGACCUUCGAGCCAUACGCGUCCGAAAUGCGUUAGAUGUUGUCCCCAACUAUCCUUUGAUAGGUUAUUCGGAUGUGGGAGAAGAAUUGGCUAUUGACACCCGUAAAUCAAGGUACUUGAAGAGUCCAGGAAACUUGUCAAGUUGGCAUAAUUUGGAAGGUUAUUUACAUGGGAUGGCUGGAGUACAAGGGAGUAAAGGAGGGUUUAACUUGGUGGUUAAUCGUGAUAUAGCCCUUGUAAACAAAUCAAUUGAUGGAUUAAAGGACGACUAUUUUGUCCCAGUGUCAUGGAGGGUUCAGAAGAACAAGGGUAUGGUCCAGCAGGAAGAUGGUUCUUGGAAACUGAUGGAUCAUGAAGGUCUAGAUGAUGAUGAUACUUGAAUGCCGCGCCAAAUUGGUUUGAUAACAGUUUUUAAGGUAUCGUACUUCUAGAUGUAUAAGAGUCCUUACUAUUAAAAAUUAACAAAAAAAUUUUUACAGCAUUGGUUAAUAAUCUGUGCACUAGGACCUAGGAAGUUUAUUGGUAUUUUCAGUGAGUAGUUGUUGAAUUGCCAAAUCUGGCGGUGGAUUGACUAGAAGUGAUCUGUCCACAGGUGAGGCUGCUUGCCAGGUUCGCGGGCCACUUUCAUUCGGGCAAAACUGUGACAGGGAUUUUAA